AUGGGUUCUGCCCCGAGGAGGUGGUUCUCGCUGCCCCUGAGCUGCCUGCUGCUCCUCAGCCUGGCCCGCGCCGACCUGGCCUCUCAGAAGGGCGUGCUGGCCAGCGUCAGCCCCGGGCUCACGGAGGACGUGGACCUCCAGUGCUGGAACGCCUGCUCCCUGACACUCAUCGACCUCAAGGAGCUCCGCAUAGAACACAACGCGGAUGCCUUCUGGAACUUCAUGCUCUUCUUGCAGAAAUCCCAGCGGCCCGGCCAUCACGACGUCUUUUUGCACAUGGCCCAGGAUUUCUGGGACAUGUACAUCGACUGCCUGCUGUCCAGAUCUCACGGCAUGGGCAGAAGACAGGUGACGGCUCCCCGGGCGUAA